AUGGAGUUACCGGUUUUUAAUGGCACGGAUCCAAAUAGUUGGAUUUUUCGCACGGAACUUUACUUCGGCUUGCAACAGGUUCUAGAUGCGUUGAAGGUUCAGUUGGCUGGGAUGCGCAUGGAAGGACUAGCUGGUCCUUGGUUUCAAUGGCUGUUCAAUGGCGGUUCCAUCCAGUCUUGGGAUCAAUUGAAGUUAGCAGUUCGUCAACGCUUUGGCGGUACUGCGUACACUGAUUUGCGAGGUGUUCUGUCGAAAUUGACACAAGAUAGGACUCUGAAUGAUUACAUUAGGAACUUUGAGGCCUUAAUCAACCAGGUCACUGAGUUUUCUGAUGCAGUACUCAUGAGUUUUUUUGUGUCAGGACUCUUACCCGAUCUUCGACGGGCAAUUCAACUUCAUUCUCCCACAUCUCUCCAUCAGGCAAUGCAGUUAGCCAUCACUUAUGAUGCUCAUUUUGUGGAGUUGCGUUCCUCUUUCACUGCACCAGGGACUAAGAAAAGUUGUGUUAAGAGUUCUUACACGGUGGAACAACCUAAACCACUCACCACUAUUUUGCCCAGCUCGAAGCCUGUCCUUCCUGCUUUGCCAUCCACUGUACCUUUCAAGAAGCUCAGUCAUGAAGAAUUACUUAAGAAACGGGAGUUGGGGAUUUGUUACACUUGUGAUGAAAAGUGGAACCCUCGGCAUAAAUGUCAAUCUAAGUUUUUCUUAUUGGUGGGGGAUUUUGAGGAAAUUGCUGAGGAGGCUGAUGAGCAUAUUGUCUGGCAACCUGAAGGCACUCCUGAAGUUACUCAUGCAGCUGCUCUCCAUUCCUUGAAGGGUGACAAGAAUCCUCGAGCUAUUCAGUUUAGAGUGCAGCUCCAUAACAGGAUGGUCUCUAUCCUAGUGGACUCAGGCAGUUCUCACAAUUUUUUGCAGAAGCAAUUGGUGGAGGAUAUGGGACUCUCAACACUUAAGGUGCCUCGAAUGCGUGUUUUUCUGGGGAAUGGGGAGUUUAUGGUUUGUGACAGAAAAUGUUUGGCGGUUCCAUUGGAGAUUCAAGGGUAUGCUUUUACUGUGGACCUUUGGGUGAUUGAGUUAACUGGUUUUGACAUUAUUUUGGGAAUCUCAUGGUUGAGCCAAUUAGGCAGAGUUAUACAUGACUAUGUUGAAUUAUCUAUGGAGUUUAUGUCUUCGGGAGGUAGGGUUAUUCUACAAGGGGAAUCUGUUGGUGGUGUGGUUAGUUCUGUUAACCAGCAGUGUUUGAGAUUAGCAGGGGAAGCUGACCUUGUGGGACCUACAAUUCUUCCUGAACUAUUGGACUUGAAACAGCAAAUUCCCAUUGCUGUUUGGGACAUUCUGCGUCAAUUCCAAUCUGUGUUCCAAUUGCCACAGGGCUUGCCACUACCUAGGAGUUGUGAUCAUGCUAUUCACUUGCUAGAAGGGGCUCGGCCAGUCAAUGUUCGUCCUUAUCGGUAUGCUCACCAUCAGAAAGGGGAAAUAGAAAAACAAGUGUCUGAGUUGUUAGCAUCAGGAUUUAUCAAGGAAAGCAGGAGUCCUUUCUCUUCUCCUGUACUACUUGUUAAGAAACAUGACAACUCAUGGAGGAUGUGCAUUGAUUAUAGAGCAUUGAACAAUAUCACAAUCAAGGACCGUUUUCCCAUUCCAACAAUAGAUGAGCUAUUGGAUGAGCUUAGAGGAGCCAAUAUUUUCACCAAGUUGGACUUGAGGAGUGGUUACCACCAGAUCUUGUUGAUUCCAGAUGACACUCCCAAAACUGCCUUCAGAACUCAUGAAGGACAUUACGAGUUCUUGGUGAUGCCUUUUGGCUUAACCAAUGCUCCUUCUACCUUCCAGGCUGCAAUGAAUUAUAUGUUCAGGCCAUAUCUUCGCAAGUUCAUUAUAGUGUUCUUCGAUGAUAUUCUGAUUUAUAGUGGGUCAAUUGAGGAACACUAUAGCCAUCUUGUACUGACUUUGAGUUGUUUGCAGGAUAAUAUGUUCAUGGUGAAGCUGAGUAAGUGCUCUUUUGCAUUGGCUGAAGUAGAGUACCUGGGGCAUUUGGUUUCGGGCAUGGGAGUGAAGGCUGACCCCCGGAAAAUAGCUGCAAUGCAACAGUGGCCUCAUCCAAAGACAAUCAAACAAUUGAGAGGUUUUAUUGGUCUCACUGGAUAUUAUAGGAGGUUCAUUAGGCAGUAUGCAGCUAUAGCUUCACCUCUCACUGAUAUGUUGAAGAAGGAUUCUUUUUUGUGGACUGAGGAGGCUUCCAAGGCUUUUGAAGCCUUAAAGGUUGCAAUGACUGAGACUCCUGUUCUGACUCUUCCUGAUUUUUCCUCUCCCUUUGUGGUGGAAACGGAUGCAUCAUCCUUGGGAAUAGGGGCUGUCCUUCAACAGAAUAACCAUCCUAUAGCUUUUUUUAGCAAGAAGCUUGGGCCAAGGAUGCGGGUGGCUUCCACUUAUGUCAGGGAAUUAUAUGCCUUAACUGAGGCAGUGAAGAAGUGGAGGCACUAUUUGCUUGGAGCAAGGUUCAUCAUCCGAACAUAUCAUAGAAGUUUGAAGGAGUUGCUAACUCAAACUGUCCAAACAGUGGAGCAACAAAAGUAUGCCUGUAAACUAAUGGGCUAUGAUUUUUCUAUUGAGUACAAACCUGGUGCAACUAAUGUAGUUGCUGACUCCCUGUCACGUUGUUUUGAUGAAGAGCAACCCAGUUUCAAUUUGGCACUAUUGUCUGAAGUUCAAUUUUCCUUGGUAGAUCAGAUUCGAGGUGAAAACAUAUCUGAUCCUGAGCUUGUUGACAUUCGGCUCAAAUUGAACAAUCAGGAAUUGAUAGGUUCAGAAAUUACUGACCGAGAUGGCAUCUUAUAUCACAAAAAUCGGUAUUUGUUGGGCACUGCUUCAGCAUUGAAGGAUUUUCUUUUACAUGAGGCUCAUUCCACUUUGGUUGGAGGUCAUGCAGGUAUUUCUCGUACUCUUUUGAGAUUGUCUGCUUCUUUUUUUUGGAAAGGAAUGAGAAAGGAUGUCCAGGAUCUUGCGAGGAGCUGCUCCACUUGCCAGAUGAUUAAGCACACUACUUCUCCUCCCUUGGGUUUACUUCACCCUUUACCUAUUCCUGAUGGUGUGUUUGAAGACCUGAGUAUGGAUUUCAUCACAGGAUUGCCAUUGUCAAAAGGUUUCAAUGUUAUACUAGUGGUGGUCGAUAGAUUGACAAAAUUUGCUCAUUUUGGGGCCUUAGCUAAUCCCUACACUGCUGUAAAGGUAGCUUCUUUAUUCUGUGAUAUGGUGGUCAAAUUACAUGGUUUUCCAAAGACCAUUAUUUCAGACAGAGACUCUAUCUUCUUGAGUAAAUUCUGGUCUCAGCUAUUUAAAUGCAGUGGGACAAGUUUACGUACUAGCACUUCCUAUCACCCACAAACAGAUGGGCAAUCUGAAGUAACUAACAGAUAUUUGGAGCAAUAUCUUAGAGCUUUUUGCCAUGAUGAGAACCACAAAUGGGCAGUAUACUUGGGCUGGGCUGAAUUUCAUUACAACACUGUUGUCCACUCCUCAAUUAGCAUGACUCCUUUUCAAGCUCUCUAUGGCAAAGCUCCUGUCAUGAUCCCAACUUAUGUUAAAGGGUCAGUUCGUGAGGAGGCAGUUGAUGCUACUUUGAGCCAUCGUGAUGGUUUAUUGAGACAUCUUAGGAAUCAAUUACUGAGUGCCCAAAAUCGCAUGAAGGUCCAAGCCGAAAAGCACAGAAAGGAUCUUCAAUUUUCAGUCGGUGAUCUGGUGUUAAUCAAGUUGCAGCCUUACAGAAAGAUCACGAUAGCUCAUAGGAAGUGUCAAAAACUUUCUAAAAGAGGUGAUGGGUCUGUUGUUCCUGUUCCUUUGCCCUCAAUUAAUAAGGAAAAUCAUCCUGUCCAGUUGCCUUUAGCAGCAGUGAUGACUCGGACUAUUCAAGGGACUCACGGUGAUCGAAGGCAGUGGUUAAUUCAGUGGACCAACUCUCUCCCUGAGGAUGCUACUUGGGAGUAUGAAGAUGAUCUUAUCAGUUUUUACCCAGAAUUUUCUCUUCCCACAAUGAACCUUGAGGACAAGGUUCUUACUGCAGGUGGAGGCAAUGUUAUGAUGGAGGAACCUAAGCCUAAGAGGAUGACUGGGCCUCCUUCCUGGGCCAAGGACUACCUUUUACAGAUUGAUAGUGAUCCGUGGCUUAUAGAUAGGAAGCGGAUCAUUUGUGAAGUUUUAUCUGAUGAAUAUACAAAUUUGUUUUUGAAUUCACCUCUGUUUCUUCUUGUUCUCUCCUUGAGUUACCACAUAGGAUCUGCAAUCCUAUCAGAAAAGGAGCAUGGACUAAACAGGAAGAUGACCUUCUUUGGGCAUGUGUGCAACAAUAUGGAGAAGGAAAAUGAUAAGUGGUGGGAAACGGUGAAGGACCAUGACCAUGAGGCAGGCAACGUAAAGAACGAUAUAUGGUGCUUAGGUGACCAAAAUGGGAAACUCUUGAAAGACCAUAAUUGGAAUGAGAAGGUUACUUCAUUGACCACACAAGCUGGGGACUUUCUUGUAGAAACAGUAAUGGACGACAAGGGAGGCGGCAACACAGAGAAUGACAUGUUUCACUUGGGUGAUAAUGAUGGGAAGCUCAUGAAAGACAUUAAUGGGAAUGAUCAGGAGCUUACAUCAUUGACCACACAAGCUGGGGACUUUCUUAUUGGAGAUCAGUGUUGGAGUCAUUUUCUUUAUGAUACCAAUUUGUGGGAUUUAUGA